AGUUAAGAGGGAAAUAAGUGAAAAUAUCUGUGCGUCCGUCACUCGAGGUGUUUGGAGGCUUGAUUCGGAUUUUACCUCAAGUUCACAUUUACUUCAGAUACUUUCGAUCUCGGGAGAAUCAUGUCUGCUGAGAAACAGGUCAACGGCGAGCUGGUGAACCCGGAUGAGGGCAGGAUGAGUGAAGCUGAAGCGGAGCUGAAGAAAUACAAGGAUCUCAUCGAGUCUGCAGACAAUGAGAGAUCCAGACUGCUGCUGGAGAAAGCUGAAGCAGAGACGGAGAAGAAAAGAGCCGAGGCAGAGCUUCAGAGCUUCAUGGAGUCAGAAGACAGAGAUGCUGAGCGCUUUAAUGGAGAUCUUCUAGAAGUGCAGGAGGAGAGGAAGAGUCUGGAUCGAGUCCAGCUGGAUCUGAAGAGAGAGCUUCAUGAUCUUCAGAAGAAGCUUCAGCUCAAGAGAGACGAAAGUGACUCUCUGCGACGCAAGUUCAAGAUUGAAGCCAGAAUCCCAGUGAAAGCGGUGAAGUUUGCUCGUGUGCAGGAGAGAGACGAGGCUGAAGAUCAGGUGGAGUCUGUGUUCACCGUCACACAAACACCUUCGUUCCUGCUGAAGGGAGGCCAGGCGCUCAUCACCUUCGAGGAGGAGAAGGUGGCUGAGCAGAUCCUCCGACUGGCCAAGUGCUCGGUGGCCUGUGACAAAGCCAAGAUGGAUGUGAAGCCGUACGCUUUAUCUCUGGAUCCCUCCGUGAAGUUUGAGGUUCAUAUCCAGGUGUCGAAGAAGAGCAUCAGGUUCUGUAACGCCCCGCCCACUUUACCUGAGGAGCGAAUGAGAGACCGGCUGGAGCUGUCGUUCUCCAGAGUGAGUCGAGGAGGAGGGGAAGUGGAGAAGCUGGAGUACCACAGGGAUACGGGCUCGGGCCGCGUCACUUUCCUCAGCACCGGAGUCGCAGAGAAUCUGGUUCACAGAGGGAAGUUUUGUGUGGACACCGGCAGCGAUGUGGUGGUCGAUGUUCUUCCUCUGUACGAGUAUCAGCUCAGGAAGUUUCAGACGUACUCGGGGACACCGCAUCGCACCGUGCUGCUCGGGGGAAUCCAGGCGCUGAUGGAUGAAGAAGAUCUUCAGGAUCAUCUGGAGAUACACUUCCAGAAGCCCAGCAACUACGGAGGAGAGGUGGAGCACAUCAAAUACGUUUCUGAUGGAGCGCAGCUGACGGCUUUCUUCAGCGAGGACGGCAAAGAAAACGAAGCUUGAGAUAUGAAUGCAACAAAAGCCAGGGUUUGCUUCAGAUCAGUGAUGCUUCAUCAUAUUUACAUGCUUUUUUCUGUUUUUCCUCCAGAUUAUAAUAACCAUAUCUUCUUACUAUCUUCUGUAACAAUAUGAAUUAACUAUUAUAAUUGAAUUAUAAUUGAAACAGAUGAAGUAGAUUUUCUGCCCAGAUCAUCAGCCUGAUGAAGAUGUGUUGAUGUACAAAAGUUAUAUUAAAAUAAAAACAUUAUUGUAAUGUUA